GCCACUUUUAUUUUCUUCUACUCAUUAUUUCUUUCACCCUUUUUUACAGAUUCUCUCUCUCAGAGAGUAGGAUUCACCAUGGGUACAGGAAAGAAAGAAGCCACUCGUAAAGAGCGGCAGGGGAAGGUUGGAGACGGCAUGGGCAAUGUCAAGGUCAAGGGUGAAAAUUUUUACAGAGAUGCGAAGAAGUUGAGGACCUUGAACAUGUUUAAGGAUGGCAAAGCCCAACAUGACGCUGCUGGAAAUGUUACCAAGGCCGCCUCCUACCAAUCGAGAGAUGCCCCCGUUGCUAGGAUUGAGCCUCACCGUAAAUGGUUUGGUAACACUCGAGUGAUAUCUCAAGAGGCUUUGACCUCGUUCCGUGAGGCGGUUGCCGAGCGUGCUUCCGACCCCUACCAGGUUCUUCUCAAGACCAAUAAGCUCCCCAUGAGUCUGAUCAGAGACGGUCAAGGCGUCAAUGGGCUGAAACAGCAUGAGGCGAAAAUGGCCAUCGAGACGUCGCCGUACGGUGAUACUUUUGGGCCUAAGGCUCAGAGAAAGCGUGUCAAGCUUGGUGUCUCGUCGCUCGAGGACCUGGCUGGCGAGACGGCCAAGAAACAUGAUGCUUAUAUCGAGAAGACGGACACGGGUCUCCAUGAAGAUGGGACACCCAUUGUUUCAGGAGAUGUGAAUCAAGAGGAUAACAUGCUCGGCGAAGCCGCUAUUUCACGCGAAGCCGUCUUCUUGAAGGGUCAAAGCAAGCGAAUCUGGAACGAGCUGUACAAGGUCAUCGAUUCUUCCGACGUGGUCAUCCAUGCGCUCGAUGCGCGUGACCCUGAGGGUACUCGUUGCCGAAGCAUUGAGAAAUAUAUCCGCGAGGAGGCUCCGCAUAAGCACCUGAUAUUUGUGCUCAACAAGUGUGAUCUUGUACCCACGGGUGUAGCGGUAAGUUCUAUGUUGCCACCCCUCUUUCCCUUCCACGUUCCUUGUAUUUUGUAUCGUCGCCCUUGCUUUUGCUAUCUGCGCACCGUUUUUGGUGCUAUUACCUUUGAUAUCAAUCAGGCUACAUCGGCCUGUGCCAUUGCUAAGUCAAGGCUUCUUCCUGCGACUUUGUGUCGUGUUUUUCUCGAUGGGAGUUUUGUCUGUUACAGCUUUGGUAGAUUGACGCUGGCCCGCGCCGAAUUUCUUUCUGAAGCUAGGCUGACUGGUUUUCGUUUUGAAAGCCAGUCGUUAAGGGCUAAGUUGUGUUCCGUUUUUGAGUUGAGGCUUGCAUCUGCCGUAUGGCGGGCUUUCGUAGCAAGUCUCUUAGUAACGUUCCACACAUUCUAUCUGUUUCUUGUAUUUUUCUUUUUGCUUUGUUUCUACCUUCUGCAAUGAUGCUGCAUCUUGCCUACACUGGUGGUCAAUUACUAACUGGACACCAGGCUGCUUGGGUUCGUCAUCUUUCCAAGGACCGCCCAACUCUGGCCUUCCAUGCUUCGAUCAACAACUCGUUUGGCAAGGGUUCUUUGAUCCAGCUUCUGAGACAGUUCUCCUCUCUCCACGCCGAUCGCAAGCAGAUUGCGGUUGGUUUCAUUGGAUACCCCAACACGGGCAAGUCCUCUAUCAUCAACACAUUGCGAAAGAAGAAAGUGUGUACGGUGGCUCCCAUCCCAGGUGAGACCAAGGUUUGGCAGUACAUCACCUUGAUGAAGCGGAUCUACCUCAUUGACUGCCCUGGUGUUGUCCCACCCAACCAAAACGACAGCCCCGAAGACAUUCUGCUUCGGGGUGUUGUUCGAGUGGAGAACGUGGAGAACCCCGAACAAUACAUUCCCGCUAUCCUGAAGCGGGUUCAGCCAAAGCAUCUCGAGCGUACUUAUGGUGUCAAGAAUGCUGAAGAGCCCAUCGAGUUCUUGAGUGUCCUUGCCCGUAAGGGUGGUCGUCUUCUUCGCGGAGGAGAACCGGAUCUUGAUGGCGUUGCCAAGAUGGUCAUCAAUGAUUUCCUGAGAGGCAAACUCCCGUGGUACACUCCCCCUCCCUACACCCCUACUGAAGGUGAUGAGAAGAUCGAAGGCCGCGAGGGCAGACUCGGCGAGAUGGGUCGCAAGCGAAAGCUUGACGAGACCACGCUGGAGGGCGCUGAAAAAUCCGAAAAUGCCUCUGACAAGAAGCCUGCCUCUGCGGCCGAGGAAGACUUCGAAGGGUUUGGUGACAGUGAUGACGACAAUGACUCGAUCGCCAACCUUGAAAUUAGCGACGAAGAAAGCGGGGAGGAGAACGAUUGAGCGACGACACCCGCCGUUGGCCAGUCAAUCAAGUGCAACGCAAAGCACACCAUAUUGGACAUGGUUCCUCUCGUGCCGUGAACCGACAUCAUCUUGGCGCCGCCCGUCAUUGUUCUCCCUGACAUGGACCGGUCUCAUCCCAUGGUGUUAAUCCAUGGUCGGGUUCCAGACUCAAGUCCCCUGAAAGCCAAAGGUCGAGAACACCAGGCAAACAAAGCGUCGAUCCAGUCGUGGUUUUCCACGACAUCGGUUGGGCAUGCCAACUUGACCGCAGUCUGACUGUGCACACAGUGGCUCCAGCCCGGAGGAGGUGGACUUCUCCAUUGCAGGGUUGUCCAUCCAUCCUCUUCAUAUUAGAUACCCACCUACUCUUAGUUUUUUUAGAAGAAUCAAUUUUGAUCCUUGAUACCUCGUAC